AUGAGGCUUUUAUUUACUUAUUUAUUUGUAAUUAAAAGAUUUGGCUUUUUGUUCAACUUAUUUUCCUUUUUCUUGGUACCAUUAGUGAAUGAAAAUAGAAGGCUAGUUUUGAUAAGGCAGUCAAUGAAGAACAGUCGGGAGACAUUCCAACAUGUGACGAUUUUUAAGAAAAGGUUAAUUGCUACAUUUGACGAAUGGUUCUAUGGAAAGCAAAAAACACUCUUAUUGGUAAUCCUACUACUUACUUACACAAACAUAAAUAUUCACAUUCAUACUUUAAAAAAAAGAUUAAUCAAAUCUGUCAAGAAACUUGCUAUAUGGUAA